AUGAAAAUACACACGGCAGGCAUUUCCUCCAGGCUCUGGUUUUUUAUUCUCUCGUCCUCCUCUCUUUUCUUCUUCUUCUUUGCGUACGACAGCCCGUCUCCCAUGUACUCGGGCCUGGAGAAGAUAUUCGGUGAAAGCUACGCCAGCUACCACAAUCUGCUCUACUCCGUGUAUGCCCUCCCCAACCUCCUCCUUCCGCUUCUCUUCAACCUCUCCGCUGGCUCUGAGUCGAUAAAAAUGCUCUACACAUAUUCUCUCAUUGUCCUGGGCCAGACAAUCAUGUGCAUUGGCGUAGCAACUAAAAUCUUCGAGUGCAUGCUGGCAGGCAGGUUCAUCAUUGGCCUGGGAGGAGAAAGUUUCAGCAUUGCGCAGAAUAAAAUGCUCGCUUCUCUUUUUGCAUCGCACGAGCAUGGAAGAGUCUUUGGGCUAAGCGUGGCCAUUGGUAGACUCGGCUCCAUUCUGGCGUAUCUCCUGCUGGGAUCGCUCAUUGAUGAAGGCCCUUUGUUCUGCACGAUCAUCGCCACCGUAUUCGUGUGGAUUGGAGGGGUAUUUGUCUUUAUAACUUACAACGAGUGGAAGACACACUGGGAGGAGAGCAUUGAGAGCGUAAAAGGGGAAGAUGUGCACCAUUUGCUGCCAUAUUUCAUAACGAUGACAGUUUUGCUGGCGUGUGCUAUCUCUCCCUUCUCCAGCAACAACUCUGCGAUACUGCAGCGCAGAUUGCAAAUUGAUUUUAAGCAGGCUAGCAGGGCUCUUGCGCUGCAGGAGUUUAUGGCUCUUAUUUUUACCGUCAUCAUUAGUAUAGCAACGGAUAAGUACGGGCACAGACUGAGCUGUAUAUGCCUGGGCAGCAUACUGUUCACUCUUGGCCAUUUGAUGAUCCGAUAUUCAACGGUUUUUUACUAUGUUCCAUCGAUACUUCUGGGGAUAUCAUCGGGUCUGCAGGCGUGCAGCUGGCCGUGCUAUCCUUUGCUUCUAUCAGCAAGCAAGCUGGGCAUUGGCCUCUCUCUUCUCUCUUGCUUCAUAAACAUGGCGUACUCCAUAUGGCCACCGAUUAUCAGCAAGCUGACAGAUCCAAACUUUAAAAUUUCCGAGCAUUUUACAAUACUAUUCGCAGGGCUGGCAUCAGCCAUAUCAGUGUACAUUGUAUUUACUAAUUCACAGCGAGGAUACGGGUUAAACGGCAAGAAGCACUAUCAGAUAGCUAGCUAA